AUGAUUGAGUCAGUGUUUGAUGUUGUGUUCCUUCCGUUGGCUGAUUUCGCAGUUCAAUUUGUGAUUCCUGGAGUUCUUCUGGCACUUCUUCAUGUCGGUUUUAUCAGAGAACCAGAGAUUGAUAUGGGAGAUUUGACUAAACAUAAUCGUUUCGGAAGAACUCCUCGAGAUCAAACACGUAUUCUAAUAACUACAGUAACCAUCAGUUUUCUCGUAGUACAAGUUCCAACUGCAUUCAUCACAACUCUGUCGCUAACAAUCAAUCAUUUUCAGAAUAAUAAUGCACUAAUGGUGUUAGCAUUGGUGACUGGACAUCUCCAACCACUUCUCUCAAUUACAACCAUGGCUGCGAACACAGCAGCACUUCUAACUGCUUAUUAUGUCAUUGUCAAAGAUGAUGACGAAGAUGUUGGCGAUAGUCGUACAUCAAUAAGUGACAAUGAAUGUCAAAAUGAACUAUUACUCCGAGCACAACAAUCCACGUCACGGCGUGGUACUAGGCAAGUGUGGAACAGUAUUCGAAGAAUUUCUCGUACGUAUCUCAGUGUAAGCCACUCAUUUGACACUGGAUCUCUCCGUUCAUUUUCUCGUAAAGGAUCUGCAAUUGGAGAUGAUAUUCUGUGA